AUGCAAGGCGGUGCUGGAAUCCAAACAGGAAUGGUUCCUAAUACUUUUGAACUAAUUUUUAAAAACAUUGCUGAGCUUCAAAGACGUAAAUGGUCUUAUACAACAAUUAAAUUGGCAGUAGAAUUAGAAGAUUAUAUGAUAUUGGCGCACGGGAACAGGACAACAGCAAUUACUGAUUUUAAUAAGCAUAGUAGUCGGUCACACGCUGUCAUAAAAAUUCAUUUAGGAGGAACUUUGGAAAAUCUGGUAUACAAAGGCAGUUUGAAUUCAGUUGAUCCGGCUGGUUCAGAAAACGCUAAGCAAUCAGUAGCAGGCGAGAAACUAACAGAAACCAAAAACAUCAAAAAAUGCUUGGCCACUCUUAAUGAUGUCACAAAUUGUUAUAAAUUCUGCUCUGAAGGAAGUGGUGGUCUGACCCUGCAAAAAACUCUAAUAUUGCCUUUGAAAUCUUGGAUGAUAUUGUAG